AUGGAGAACUGUGUAAUUAAAAAUUCGAAGAGGCCGUACCAUUCGACAAUGGGACCCUUACUAGAUGAUUUCGACUCGCUUUCAAAAAGGCGAAAAAAAUUAUUUGAUAAUAUAAAUAGCCAUAUAGAUAACCUAAUACAAUUGUUACAGGACACAGAAGAUAAAUUGAGGAACCACAGCGCGAAUCAUAUAAACGGAACACAAGAUUUUAAAUAUAAUAGUUUAUCUAGCGAAUCAAAUUUAAAUGAUAGUCUACAGAAAUCAGAUAGUUUGAACGGAUUGAUAUUGAAGUACGAGUCGUCCGACACAGGAAAUGAAACGUCUUCCACAGACUUUAAUAAUGAACCUGCAAUGUGCGACUGCACAAAGCAGUCAAUAAGAGACCUGGCGUACACAGUGAAGUCAUACGACGUGUACAGAAGCAUAAAUAAGCUGAUUAAGGAGUUUAACCACCACUUCAACGAAAUGGGAAAGGCACUGCUGGGAACGAGAGGAAACGAAAACCAAGAAAUGAUAUCACCAGUUAACCUGGACGAACAGCUGGUGUGCAGAAUGAUAGGAAUACACCUCUUGCACUACGGAAUGUUUGAAGUCUACGAGCAGCUGAAGAGAGAGUCGACGAAGCUCUGGGGAGAAAACCACAAGGGAACAGUGGGAGAGUUGAUGGUGCAAGCAUAUAAGACGCUGCACGACCUGAUAGGAAAAAUCAAGUCGUGCAACAUAGACCCAGUGCUGGAGUGGACAAAAAUGCAAAGCGACUGCUCAAACCUGCACGUGCAGCGAUUCAACGAAAUAAUGAUUAACCUGUACAAAAUAAGGUUCCUGAAGGAGUUGUUUGAAGCAGAAGAGGAAAGUAACACGCAAAUAAUAGACGAAGUAAAGAAGAGCGGGUUGACCUCACUCUGGAAAAUACAUAACGACGAAAUAGGGAAGCUGGUGACGCAAGUAAUACUGGGAGAAAAUCUGCCAAACGACGCAGACUUCGACGAGCUAAAAAAUAAAACAAUAAAAAUGUUCACGAAGCUAUUCUGCGAAACAGGAAUACUGAUGAAGAAGCCGCCGAACUACGACAGGAAGCCGCUGCUGUCAGAGCAGUCGCACCAGAGCUUCGCAUUCAACGAGGAGGGAAACGUGAUCCACGAAGUCACGGAGGUGACGGAGUCGACAGAGGAGCAGGGGUCGCAAGUGACAGACGUGGUGGCGUUCUCAUGGAGACCGAUGCUGACGGACACGAAGAACGUCGGAGGAAGCAACGACAAGCUGAAGUACAAGUCGUGGAUACUGGCGCUGCACGGCUCGAAGAUUAAGGCGGCGACCUUCAGGCUCCCGGAGGACAAGGGAGUGAGGCUGAGAGAAGACUGGCUAAACCCAGUCGGGCUUGCAGGAGAGAAGAUUAAGCAGCCGAGAAUGGCCUCAAAAUACCUUAACUCAAACUCGCUCGAGCACGGAAGAAGACUAAACUUCAUAAAAAACAGAGUGGCGCUUAACGCGAACGUCGAGUCGCCAAGGUCGAUAUCAAGAGCUCUGCUGAUGAAGGCACUGAACAGCCAGGAGCCGAUACCGAGGCAAGGCCUGGUGAUGAGCGAUGGAGGGUACAGCACCUUCCCGUACUACCUGGAAAAUCAGCUCUGCGACGAGGAAGUGUCGUCAUUCGGAAGGUUCGUGGACCCAGAGGACUGGGUGUCGACGAGGAACGAAAGAGGGACGACAGUGCUGAUAGCAACAGGGUCUGAGGAGAGCGAGGAGAACCUGCUGGGCCUGUCGAGCAUGGGAAGGCUGAUAGACAACUAUUCGACCACCGUGACGCAGACUGAGGAAAACCCGACGAGGAGCACGCCGACGUUCUCGCUGACGGUCUUCGCAGGGCCCUCGAUAUUCAGGGACUCGCGAGUGUCCUCGCAGCUGCUGGAGGCGGACAUAAUAUCACAGAGGCUGCUUAACGUGUCGCCGGGCUCGAGGAUUCGAAUACGGUUCCCGACGAGGACAGAAGAGGCGCUGGAGAACGCGCCGAGGAGGAGGGAGACGACGAUAAGUCCCUACGAGCAGAUAUCCUCAGAGCCUUCGAGUCAGCCCGAGGAGGAGCACACCACGACGAUGGAAAGGUCGAGCAUAACACUGAGGGACAUACUGAGGAUGAUAAUGAGGGGACUCAGAACAGAAACACAGCCAGCAGUACUGAGAUUUAGAGGCUCACACACGCACCAUAACUUGGAAGUAGACACAAGAACAGCAUCGCAAGAUACGGAGUCGCCAAAGGAUAAGACAGGAACACACAAGAGACUAGUGAGACCGAAGCAAGAAACGAAGGUAGAACCAUGUGUAGAUAGCGAAUACAUAAAGGUCCACCUGCCAUACGAAAGCCCACUCUCAGUAGUGAUAUGCGCAGGACACGUGACAUUCCCAUACCUGUUGGACGUGUUAAAGGUACUCUUUAAGGAAAGAUGCGAAGUCUCCUCGAAGGUGGGAAUGUGGCUCAAGUCGAACCAGCAGCUACCAGUGGAGUCGGACCUAGGACCAGCAUUCCACUUCCACAGCUAUCUGACAUGUGCAGUCUCGAAGGACCAAACGAGCAGCGAAAACCUACCAAUCAUGCUCUCGUGCGGGCACGUAAUAUGUAAAAUCUGCCACGAUCGACUGAGCGGAAAAAGGAGAAAGAGGCAGUUCAAAUGUCCAAUGUGUCCAACAAUAGUGGAGCCAAACCAAGUAAGUGAACACAAAAAUAUAAAAAUAAACAGACAAUGGAACUGUACCUGGACUGGAAUACAACACAUAACAACUGUGUAUGCUAAAAUUAAUUUUUUUACACUUCACAUUAUGCACUAUAACACUUGCGGUAACCCGGGAAUUUUUUAA